CCACGUCCGCCCCGCACAGAAUCGGAUUUCUGGCAGAAAGGUUUGGAAAAGUGCAAGGAACAGCCUUUAGUACCCCUUGGGAUACUGGCUACAUGCGCUGCUUUCAUCGGCGCAUCUUAUCAGCUUCGGGUUGGGAACCGAAACUCGUUUAACCGUUACUUGCGAGCCCGCGUAAUAGCACAAGGCGCUACAAUUGCAGCAUGUGUCAUCGGCGGUUAUGUUUAUGGGAGCAACUCACAAGCUUCUAUCGAUCGCAAGGCGGAAGAGCGG